AAAAUUUGAGUAACAUUAAAUCACCGAUAUUAAAAUGCAUAAUUAGUUAAAUACCAUUACAUUUGUCUAUAACUUUAGAAACCAUUAUCAUUAGCAUAGCACCCUUGUGAAUUUGAGUGUGACUGACUAAGAUCCAUUCAUUUAUCACACUAUCUCACCACACCACCGCCGCUUACAUGUCAGCAGCAUCCACCUCCGAUUCAUGCUCCUCCCGGCACUUCUCAUGGCUGAUGAAAUCCUGCUUCCCUCACCCCCACCACCCCUCCGCCUUCUCCCCCACCACCAUCCCCGCCGCCGACACCUCAACCACUAUCUCCUCCCUCCCCGACGACCUCCUCUUGGAGUGCCUCUGCCGCGUCCCUCACUCGACUCUCCCCUCCCUCCCCUCCGUCUGCCGCCGCUGGGCCCACCUCCUCAACUCCCCCUCCUUCCACCUCUUCCGCCUCCGCCACCACACCCUCCUCCACACCCUCUUCUCCAUCUCCAUCUCCAAUUCCGCCCUCUUCGCCGCCACCCUCCGCUUCCCCGACCCCUCCUGGAGGCUCUCCUCCUUCGUCCCCUCAAUCGACAACGAUUUCUCCCUCUUCUCGCAUUUCCGUCUGGUCUCGCUCGGCCGGAAGGUUUACAUAAUCGACCGCGCCGCGAUGCUGCGCUGCGACACGUGGACGGGGACCAUCGUGCCUAAAGCCGGAAUGACCUUCCCGAGGAAGAAAUUCGCCGCGGCGGCAGUCGACGGGCGGAUCCUCGUCGCCGGCGGCUGCGCCAGGACGUCGGCUGUCGAAGCCUACGAUCCCGACGAAAACGCGUGGCGCGUGGUGUCGCACGCGCCGCGCCGGAGGUACGGUUGCAUCGGCGCUUCGGCCGACGGCGUGUUCUACGUGAUCGGUGGGCUGAAGAUCGGCCACGAUUCGGCGGGGGCGGCGCACGUCUACGCCGGAUCGAUGGAUCUGUACGACGCGGCGGCGGGGGGGUGGCUGAGGAGCAGAUCGGUGCCCGGCGGGGGGUGCGUGGUGGCGGCGUGCGCGGCGGGAGGCGACGUGUACAUUCUGACGAGCCACGCGGUGGAGCUGGCGUUCUGGAGGUUCGGCGCGUCGAGGAGGAGGGAGGGUUUCGGGGAGUGGCGCAGGAUAAGGAGCCCGCCGCUGCCGGCGCAGGUUAGACUGGACAGCGCGGUGAGGUUCAGCUGCGUGGGGGUGGAGGAUAGGGUGGUGCUGGUGCAGGUGGUCGGGUGCAUCGAUGAUCUGCUGAGGAGGAGCGGGCGGGUGGAGAGGGGGCUCAAGGAGGGGCUGGUGCUAGUGUACGAUUGCGGCGGGGACGAGUGGAGUAGAGCGGCGGACAUGCCGCACCUGAUGCGACGCGCCGCUUGCGUCUGCGUGGAGUGCUAACGUGCGCUGGUGGUGUUGCUGAUUCUUUUUUGACUUUUUUGGAGUCUCGAGGCAGAGAGUGGUGUUUCGUCCGAGGGCAGUGCUGGUAAUUCAUAUUGACCAUGGUGUAAAAUUUAUUCUUUUUUUUUAUUACUAUUAUUUGAUUAUUGAUUAUUUUAUGUGGGGAUAAACAAUUCAAAUUUGGACUGAGUAUUAUUUGAGGUCCUUUCUUCUU